GCUGAGCCCGUGCGUUCCAAAAAGAAAAAAAUUCACAAAAUAUCACCAAAUCCUCUCGCGGCGGCGGCGGCGCGGCCUCCCACUCCUGCGGUCGGCGGGCGGCUUGCGGCGGCAGGGACGCGAAGUUGAGGGGGCGCUGAGCUCGCAUGGGAAGUCCAGUUCGUACUUAAGUGCUAGCCGGGUCGAGCUAAGGUCACAGGAGGAGGAGGAGAGAGGGCACUCAAGGUGUUCGUGCAAUUGCGUCGCCGGCGUGGCUCGGGUGCUUCUUUCCUGCCGCUACGUGCUUGGUGUACGGGCGUGGCAGCGCGACCAGAUACACGCAGACGGAAGAGAAGUGACUCCUUCGCCGGCCAUGUCGUCUCUGGUGAGCCGGCCAACGCCCCCCGCGCUGUCCGGCGGCGUUUCACCAGCAGCAUCGGCGUCAGUGCUGACAUUCGGCGCCACAUGGCUCCGCAGCAGCAACAGCUAUGGUCUUCCUACUCCGUCUAGAGCUCUGAUGGUCUCUUGCACGGGUUCGUCAAGUGGAGGUUUUGCCAACGAUAAGCAGCAGGCCUGCCAAGAGAACGUCGCCGCCGCUGAGAAUCAAGACGGGGGUCUGGGAUGGAGCAAGGACGAGAUCGAGGCCAUCUCGGCGCUGUUCGCCCGGCCGAUGCACCAAAAGCCGCCGAAGCCCCCGAGCCCGGCGACGCGGCGGCCGCUCCCGCUGCCGCAGCCCCACAAGACGAGGCUGCCGGCCGCUCCGGCGCCGAAGCAGCACGUCCGGCUCCCCUUGCGCUCCUCGUUCAGCGACCGGGUGCGCAAGGACCCUGAGGUCCUCGUCGGGAUCGCCCGGGACAUUGCCGCGCUCGCGCCGGACUCCGAGGUGUCCACGGUGCUGGACCGCUGGGCGCCGUUCCUCCGGAAGGGGUCGCUCUCCAUGACCAUCCGGGAGCUCGGCCACAUGGGGCUCCCCGAGAGGGCGCUCCAGACGCUGUGCUGGGCGCAGGCGCAGAAGGCCGUGCCGCUGUUCCCCGACGACCGCAUCCUGGCCUCGGCCGUCGAGGUCCUGGCGCGCUUCGACGAGCUGAGGAUGGAGUCCGCGCUCGAGGAGUGCGUGCCGUCGGCGAGCCGCGCCGUCCUCGAGGCCAUGGCGAGCGGGUUCAUCGGGGCGGGCAAAGCAGGCCUCGCGCGCAAGGUGCUCGAGCUUGCCAGGAUAAACAAGAGAACGCUGCACCCAGGCAUCUAUGCAAAGCUGAUUCUGGAAGUUGCCCAGACACCUGAAGGCUACGGGCUCGCUGCUGCGCUGCUCGAUGAGCUUGGUGAGAGGCCGGACUUUGACCUGCGGCCGCAGGACUGCACGGCUGUCAUGAAGGUCUGCGUAAAGCUCAGGCGGUACGCGGCCGUGGAGAGCCUGUUCAGCUGGUUCAGGGCGUCCGGCAGGAACCCAACCGUGGUGAUGUACACGACUGUGAUCCACAGCCGCUCCCGAGACGGGAGGCACCGGGAGGCGUUGGCCCUGGUGUGGGAAAUGGAGCAAGCAAACUGCCUUCUUGACCUGCCGGCAUACCGGGUCAUCGUCAAGCUGUGUGUGGCAUUGCGCGAUCCAGAAAGGGCUUUUCGGUACCUGUCUAGGUUGAAGGAGGCUGGGUUCCUUCCGACCAGUGACAUAUACUGUAAUUUGAUUGAAGGCUAUGCCGUAGCGGGGAGGAUGGCCAAGUGCCGGCAGCUUAUCAGGGAGGCUGAGUCCACCGGCGUGAUGCUGGACAGGAGGCUGGUUUCAAGCGUGUCUGAGAUGGAUAAUGGACAUCCUUGAACCACUGGCGAAGUGAAAGUCUAUGCUCCUGUAAUUAUCUGUAGGUGAUUUGAGACAGAGUAUUGAGAUCAGUUACUGGGAAUUGUAAAUCAUUUAAGAGUUAACAACACUCCAAUUCUGCAAGAGGCUAUCUGAUACAGGGCUGGCUAGAAUUUGCUGAAGGUUGCUCUCUUCAGAAGUAAAAAACUUGUACGGGUACCAAGUAACCACUGAUAUUGGACUAAUUGCCAUUGCAAGAGGGCACCGAUCUUGU